AUGGCGGCGAGCCUACUGCUGGGGUGCUGCCGCUGCGCGCGGCCCCUCGUGAGCAGGCUCAGCGCGAGGUUCCCGGGCCACAAGAGAGACGAGGACUGGGACGAGGAGCGCGCCCAUCUGUUGUCCACCGGCCUCGACAGCGACGACGAGGAAGAGGCCCCCGACUCGCUGAGCGACGCCCAGAUCCACCGGAGGCUGGACGAGGCGAAGCGCUCUGGGCUGGCGCAGAGAAGCCAGCUCCCGGAGCUCGCCGCUAGGCGCGGCCCGGGCGGCCGCCGCGGUGUCGGCGGCGGCCCACCGCCCAGCUCCGCGCCGCAGCCCAUCUCCGCGUCAGCCGCCCGGGCUGCGCCCAGCUCCGCGGUGGCAGCGGAGGCGGAGCCACGUGGGCCCGCCUCGCCCGGAGGUCUGGAGUCCGACGGCGGCAGCCUCGACGACUUCUUCGACGAGGACGACGACGAGCCCCAGCAGGUCGUCGUUGGCACCCGACCCACGCCUGUCAGUCCUCUCCCAUGCAGCGCUGGCAGUGACAACAGGAGACUACCUGGCGAUGGCAGUGGUGCAGCCGAUGCCAGCUCUGGCACCUCGGCUGGAGCGUCCGUGGAGCCGGCGCCCGUAGGGGCGUCCGUGGAGCAUCCGUGGAGCGUCCGCGGGAACUCCCUCGACGACUGGAUCACAGAGGCAGACGACGAGCUGUGA